CAACGCUCGAGGCAUGACAUGAUCCACUUUGUCAUGGCUUAGAGAGCAGGUAGGUCUUGAUAGACAUGUACUCUAAAACUGCCAAGACGGAACCUGCCAGACUUCCCGUUUUCAUCACCGCCGUCGUCAUACGAUUGGCUCUCUUCCAAUCUACACUCAUCUCCUCGGCUCUACAACACCGUCCAGAACUUGUCUCGCCGCAGACGUCGUUCCGUAGUUUGCUCGAAGGUGUAUACCUUCGGCGGUUGGGUUAUGAUCCCUAUGAUGGAGGCACAUUCGUACAUCCUCCGGACUACCUGGGUUUCUUCUCCCUCUUCGGCCGCCAUCUACCGGUAAUCGCCCCAUAUGUAUGGAUCCUACUGGAUAUAGUUGGUGCCCUUGCUCUCGUAGAGAUAUGGACAACGAGGUUAGGUCAUCACUCGUUGUCGAAAGGCAGGGAGAGCCUUGUGGCCGCCUUAUAUCUCUUUAAUCCGUAUACCAUUGCGACUUGCGUCGCUCUAACAACCACCUCGGUCGACAACUCGCUUUUACUCCUGACCAUCGCCCUGGCGGCUCAAAAACGUGCGAUCCCAGCUUCCCUUCUCUUCGCUCUGUCUUCCCGUACCGCUGCCUAUCCUAUAUGUCUCCUGCCAGCACUCGCAAUGCUAGUUACCCCAUCGUGCAAGGGCGCGUCCGUUGGCCGUUCGGCCGCAAUCCUGCUCGUUGCAUGCGGCGGGUCAUUUCUAUCGUCUACAUCUCUGAGCCAGUCAGGAAUGUUAUGCUACUGGAAGUCCAUCGUCGGUCUUCCUUUUCUCACCCCGAACGUUGGCAUGUGGUGGUACUUCUUCACCGAAAUGUUCGAUCACUUUCGACACUUCUUUCUCGGUGUAUUCCAAUUUCACUGCGUCAUAUACGUCAUUCCCGUCUGCAUUCGGCUUCGCCAUGACCCACUUUUGGCGAUGGCCAUCCUUCUGUCGAUCUUUGCAACUUGGAAGAGCUAUCCUACGCUUGGAGAUAUGAAUGUUCCCGCUGGCUUACUGGCCUGCUUCCCCGAAGUUCUGACGGAGCUUAAACAUCCACUCUUCAGUCUGACCGUCUAUGCCUACACAUUCAUAUUAUUGCCGCUCCUGCACUCCCUAUGGCUGGUGCGAGGGACGGGCAAUGCCAAUUUCUUCUACGCCGCCACCAUGGUUCACGGACUCAACUCCAGCUUGGCCAUUGUCGACGUGCUGGGUGCAAGUAUACGGACGGGCGCCAAAGCUCGUCUCGUACUUCCAGCUGUGGACCUAGAGGACGACAAGCCAGACAGUCGCAAGGGGGAGAUGCAAUUGGUGCAACUUCUCUCCGCGGUAGAUCCUUGAGUGUUCACAUGCAUCUACAUUUACAAGUCGU